CAUUCUCGAAUUUACUUUCUUAACAUUCAGUUGCGUUAAAAAUAAGAAAUAUUCUCCCUUUUUGAAUUUCUCAAAUAAGUUUGCAAAAAUGCCGGCUCGUCAAGUUUUGAACAAAGAACGCCCGAUUAUGAAGCGCAGGAUGACUAUAUCUGGUCCCAGACCUUUGCCUUCUCCGUUACCUGUUCGUGCCAAAGAGAAUCUACGGCAGCCAAACUUCCUCGAAAGUCUCAAUAAUAAUAGCGAUAUUAUAAUAAGACGUUCCAUGGAUCAAAUUCUUCGCGAGAGGAUCGAUUCGCGGCUUUGGAAUGACAACAAUUCUGGCAACAACUUGAGCAGGCAAUUGCUUAUGAAUUCCACUCCGCCGCCGCCGCAGAAUCUCAAUUGGAACGAUCGCGGUUUUCAACCCAAUGGGUCGUCCAAUAUGAUGGGCUUUAGGAACUUUGAUGAUCAACCGCAGAAUCGCGGAUGCAAUGAGUAUAUUCAGAACGAUGUGAUGAUCGGAGGUCGUGAGCCAGAGCGCUUUAUCCCCAAUGACAACUUUCAACAGGGAUAUCGCCCAGUGAUGACUUCGCGAAACAUUCAGGAACCGGAGUUUCGCAAUGAAUCCUUGAUGGAUUGUCAAACUUCCAUGGUUGAGGACUGCUCCUUUGACUCGGGCUUCUCGGGACCACAAUCUGGUUUCAAUAAUCGUGACUUUCGCGAGGAGAACAUGGUUCGCAAUGGAAAUCAGGUAAAUAAACGCCGAUCGGAGUCGCUUUCCGGAGGUCGUGAGAUGUUCGAAAAGACCUUCUCGAUCGGUGGCUUCAAGUUGCCCUACGUCACCAACAUUGUGGGCCAACCUCCCUUUGCUGCGUCGAGGUCGCAUGCCGUGAGGUUCUUCAAGAAGCAGCCCGACUAUAUAAUCUCCGUCGGCAAAUCCAAGAAGGUUCCGACUGUUCAGCACAUUUACAUCGAGAACAAGGACGCCGAAGAGUUGGAAGAGGUUUUCGGUGGAAAGGACAAUCCUUUGUCCCAGUUUUCGGGUCGCUCCCGCGAGAGUUUCGCCGCUGAGUUCACCAAGAUCUAUCGGGGCAGGAACUACGGGAAGUGGGAGGGCUGGUGGAAGGACUUCCGCAACAUCGACGUGGACAUCAACGAGCAGCUGGCCAAGUUCGACUGCUUCAACGUGAAGUACAACUUCCAGGCGCCAGGUGGCGCCUGUGAUCCUGCCGAUCUGAUCCAGAGGGCCAACAUCGCUCUCACCAAAAACCGCAACAGCUACCUGGGCAACAUGCGGGUGGUGUACGGCCUGAUGGACCACUCCCUUCUGGCCAACCUCAACAUGGACUCGGUGGCCCAGCUGCAGGAUAUCAUACGGUCGGUGCCGAACCACCUGUGGAUCUACAAGUUGCGCUGCAUGGUCUUCAUCUGGUACAAGUUCAGCCAGGUGAUGAAGUCUGAGGACACCGGCGACCGGAAGCACCAGUUCAUCCUCAAGGAGUGGCGCAGCCCUGUCGUCCACUGGCUGGCCAAGCAGGCCUUCCUCGAGCUGCGCACCAUCAGCAGGUCCGAGUAUCCCCAGUACAGCGAGGUCUACGGCAGGAACAGCAAGGGCUCCAAGGAGUAGGAUAUUGUCUACUUACCUCGUUAAUAAUAAAAAUAUUGAAUAAAAUAUUUAUUAUAUCCUAACAUCCUAA